AAUCCGUUGACUCGCAAAUCGACACCCGUGGCUAAUCGCUUUGCAUCGGUCAGUAUCGCUCGAACCACGGAGCCGAAAUGUGGUGGAAACUGACAGGAGCUUGUCUGUUGGUAUUGUUCGCAGUGGCAACGGCUCAGAACUCUGAGCCGGAUUGUUCAUCAGUUCUGUCGUAUGCCUUCUUCCCGUUGGAGGACGAAUGCGAUCAAUUUGUGUUCUGUAACGACGGAGAGGUGGAGCUUUUCCAGUGCGGAGAGGAUCUGAUCUGGUCCCAAGAUGAAGGCGCUUGCGUGCUAGGAGAUAAAGAAACUUGUGUACCGUGGACUCCGGAAAUCGCUUGCGGCAACAACACGGUUGAACGGGUAAUUGAGUAUCCUAGAAAUUGUGGAAAAUAUAUCUGGUGCGGCGUGGAUGAAGUUGAGGUGGUGGAAUGUGAUCCGGGAACGAUCUUCAGUAAGGUAGACUUGAAGUGUAUCGUAGGAAGCGUGAGAACGUGUGAAUCGCUGGAACAUUUGUGCGAUGAUGCAGAAAACGAUGCUUUGCGUCAUCCGGAUCGGUGUGAUGUUGCGAUUGUGUGUGAAGAGGAGACAGUAAUAGCUAAGCCUUGUCCGGAGGGUGAUAUAUUUUUAGAAGAUUUUGGCAUUUGCGUUCCUGGCGAUACUGUAAGCUGCCAGCCCUUGCCGCUCGAAGAAAUGUGUGUCAACAGAACUAAUCAAAUUCUGAUGCAUCCGGAUAGAUGUCAAUCGUAUGUAAACUGCCAGAACGGUCUUCCCACUGUUGUUAACUGCCCCCGUGGCACAAUAUUCUUCCCGAGGAAUAUGACUUGUGUAGUGGGAAGAAUUGUGGACGAAGAAACUUGUGAAGUGCUUGACGAAGUGUGUGUUAAUGCUACGAUUGGUGAAUAUCGGGAGCACUCAGAGGGCGUUUGUGAUGUAUUCGUAGAAUGUUUAGAAAACGAAUUUCCAUUGAUACAUUUCUGCCCAUCGGGUAGGCUUUGGAGCCAACGAUGGUUGAUGUGCGUUCCCGGAAACCAAAAUAACUGCCAGCGUUCACCACUCGGAACUAUUUGUGAUCAUCAACCUUUUGGAGCAAUAUUCCCCCACCCAGAAGACGAUUGCUCACAGUUCGUUAGUUGCAACAUCACGCAUACCAAUGAAAUACCAUGCCCUAUAAAUCACAUUGUUCUACCCGGAACACUGGAUUGCGUCCCAGGCGAUCCGAGCACAUGUGCAACUCUUGACGACAUGUGCGAAGGCAAAACAGAUGAAUAUAUUUAUCUUCCUGAUGAUUGUGAACGUUUCAUCCAUUGUCAAAAUGGUCAAGGAAGUUUAGUAAUUUGCCCACCAGGAGAAAUUUUUGAUGCAAGUCUUCAAAAGUGUACUCCAGGUGAUACAGAGCUAUGUGAACCCCUGGAAUGUAUGGCGGACAUAUCAAGGCAUCCCAAUUACUGUAAUAUGUAUUUCGACUGUCAGCUAGACAAAGUUAGCAUCUAUAUGUGUCCACAUCCGCUCAUCUGGCACGACUUCUUGUGGCGCUGCACUCCUGGCUCCUCGACAGAUUGCGCAUAUGAUCCCUUGGACACUAUAUGCAUCGACCGUUUCGAUAACGAAGUCUUCCCUUAUCCGACCCAAGAGCCCAGAUGCGAUUCUUAUGUGACAUGUCUUCAAGGAGAAGCAACGGCACAAACCUGUCCACCGGGAAUGGUUCUUCAACGGCAAUCUCUGGAUUGUGUUCCCGGAAACGGUCGGACAUGCGAAGUUUUCACUUUGCAAAGUUGCAGUAACUUUGAAGAAUGGGUGGUCAUUCACCCGAGCAUGUGCAAUAUCAGAAUUAUUUGUUCUCUUGGAAGAAUUUCGACUCUAGAAUGUCCAGAAGGACAAAUUGUCAACGAAGAGACAAUGAUUUGCGAGCCGGGUAUAUGUGUUGAACCAGAUCCUGCGGACACAAUUUGCGUGGGACAGACGAAUGGAGUACUGUUACCCGCUAUCGAUUCCGAAAACUGCAUAGACUAUUACGAGUGCCAGGAUGAAGUUGCUAUUGGUGGUAGCUGUCCAGAAGGAAAUAUUUUCCACAGAGAGGAGAGAAUUUGUAUUCCAGGAGUUACAUCGGGAUGUGAAGACCUUCGCAAUUUCUGUCUGGAAAAACCGAACGGUAGCUUUCUGUUCCCUGAAGACGGAAAAUGUAACUUAUAUUUGGAAUGUAACGAUGGUACGACUGCUGUAAGUUCCUGUUUUUCAGGAGACAUUUUUAUUGAUGAAAACGUUGGAGUUUGCAUACCCGGUACAGUUCCAGAGUGUGAUGCGCUACCAAUAAGCACCAUGUGUGACGGCAGAGAAAGUGUACAGAUUUAUCCUCAUCCAGAUGACUGUAGAUCUUUUGUUACUUGUCAAAAUAACGAAGCAUCUAUUUAUGAAUGCUCAAGAGGAAACAUGUAUUUUGCAAUUAACAGACAGUGCUUUGCUGGAGAUUCCUGUCUGUUGUUCGAUGGGUGCUCUGACGAAGUUGACGGAACGAUCCUUCCACACCCAACUGCCUCAGAGUGUGACCUUUAUGUGGAAUGUGUAAGCGGAUUCGGUAUAGCUAAGGAAUGUUCGGCUGGAAACAUUAUCACACCUGAAACUGGCAACGAGUGUGUUCCAGGAGAUGUUGAUACUUGCACGGCAACUUCAGGAGACGAGCUCUGCGCAAGAAAACUGGACGGAACACAACUACCUCAUCACAAUCCAGAAAACUGUGUUGACUACUAUAGGUGUGAAAAUCACGUUUCCAGCACUCGACGUUGUCCAGAUGGUACAAUUUUCCACAAAGAGGAAAACCAGUGCGUUCCAGGUAUAUCGGAAAGCUCCGGUUGCGUUGACCUUCGCGAUCGCUGCUUGCAAAACACCCAAGGAAUUAUGCCGUACGCGGGCCGAUGUGACUUGUUCCUUGCCUGCAUCGAUUAUCAGACAACUGUCAACUUCUGCGCAGCCGGUGAGAUCUUCCUAGAGUCGAAGCAAAUAUGUGUUCCAGGAGUGGUUGAUGGAUGCAUUGCAACAGGUGAUAUCAAUCAAUUCUGCAAAGAUCGACUCGACGGAAAAUAUCCAUAUCCUCACCCACAUAUUUUUUUUCUAUAUGUGGAAUGUUCGAGAGGGGCGCUUACUGUCAGUGCGUGCUCGAUUAAUCAGUUUUUCGAUGCGGAUAGCAACGAAUGUAUUGUAUAAUAUAGAUAAAACACGUCAUGCUUAAAAUAUUUGGAGCAAGUCCAA